GUUCAUUCUCUUCUUCCCCGAGCUGAAAAAGAUGGGGUUUUUAGUCGGUGUUGUUUUUCUUCUUUGCUGCUGUUACUCAGCUGGAGAAAACGAGACAAUUCAAGCAUUUGUGAUUCCUCACAGUCACAUGGAUGUGGGCUGGGUGUACACUAUCCAGGAGAGUAUGCAUGCAUAUGCAGCCAACGUGUACAGCAGUGUGACUGAGGAGCUGCUGAAGGCUGCAGACCGCCGGUUCAUCGCGGUGGAGCAGGAGUUCUUCCGGCUGUGGUGGGACACCGUGGCCACAGACUCACACAAGAAACAAGUACGACAGCUUGUGAAAGAGGGUCGUCUUGAGUUCAUCAUCGGGGGCCAAGUGAUGCACGACGAGGCUGUAACUGAUCUGGAGGAUGAAAUACUGCAAAUGACAGAGGGACACGGUUUCCUCUACGAGACGUUCGGGGUGCGUCCUCAGUUUUCCUGGCACGUGGAUCCGUUUGGAGCGUCUGCGACCACGCCGGUCCUGUUUUCCCUGGCUGGGUUCAACGCCCACCUCAUCUCCCGCGUUGACUACGACCUCAAAGACGCCAUGCAGAAAAACAAGAAACUCCAGUUUGUAUGGAGAGGUUCUCCCUCUCUGAAGGAGAAGCAGCAGAUCUUCACUCACACUAUGGACCAGUUCAGCUACUGCACCCCGUCUCACCUGCCCUUCUCCAACAGCUCUGGUUUCUACUGGAACGGAGUGGCCUUGUUCCCCGAUCCCCCCAAAGACGGACUUUACCCCAACAUGAGCCUCCCCGUCACCAAGGAGACCGUUCAGGCCUACGCCAAGACGAUGGUGGAGAACAUCAAGCAGAGGGCGGCCUGGUUCAGGACCAACCACGUCCUCUGGCCCUGGGGCUGUGACAAACAGUUCUACAACUCGUCGGUCCAGUUCAGCAACAUGGAUCCUCUGAUGAAGUUCAUCAACGAGAACAGCAAAGAGUUUGGGGUGACGGUGCAGUACGCCACUCUCAGUGAGUACUUCCACGCCAUCCACCAAUCAGAUCUGGUCUGGGAGCUUCGUGGGAAUGAAGAUUUUCUACCAUAUUCCACAGAGCCUCACCAGGCGUGGACGGGGUUUUACGCCUCCAGGAGCGUCCUGAAGGGCGUGGCGCGGCGGGCCAGCUCCCGGCUGCACGCCGCCGAGACUCUGUUCGCCCGCUACCGGGUCAGCUUCCCAGACGGACCGGUGGCCAAAGACUGGGCCCUGGAGCAGCUGAGGGCGCUCCGCUGGGCCGUCUCAGAGGUGCAGCACCAUGACGGCAUCACCGGCACCGAGUCUCCCAGAGUGUCCGACAUGUACCUGCAGCACCUCCUGCAGGGCAUGAUGGGAGUAGAGGAGCUGCUGGCGGCUCUCUUCCUGCUGCCUCACAACCUCGACUUACCCAGCAUCCUCAGCAGCAGCCUCCACAGGAAAGGUGUUCAUCAGGCUUUGGAGCAACACGUCAUCGUUUACAACCCGUUGGCGUGGAACACCACCAGCAUCAUCAACGUCACCGUAAUGUUCCCUGCUGCCGCCGUGUUCGAUGACGAUGGACAGCCUGUUCCUGCACAGAUCCAGAGGUCGGCACAGUCCAACACCACCUUCGAUCUUUUCAUCGUGGUGGAACUUGGAGGCCUCCAGCACAGGAAAUACCUGAUUAAGUUCUCAGAGAAACAAUGCUCCGGGAGGUCCAAGUGCGGCUGGACUUAUGAAGCUAAAGGGGUUCAGUAUGAGAGACGCACCACCCGGGACGGGCUGAACUCAGGCAGGAAGCUGCUGCCUGUUCUCAGCCAAUGUUACAAGCUGAUGUUUGACCAGGACACCAAUCUGCUGCACAGCAUCACUUACCUGCAAGACAAAAGGAGAGUCAGGAUGACUCAGGAUUUCUGGGAAUACCAGGCGAAUGGGGACAUCAAAUCAGGGCCCAUCUCCGAUAACUACAUCUUCAGUGCUAACGGUUCAGCUGUGCGGGCCUACAAAGCUGUGGAGAUGGAGAUUAUCCCCGGGAAGAUUGUGACUGAGAUCCGACAGCUCUUCUACAGAGAGGAAAGUGAUAAAGACUACACUUACUCCAUCACCACUCGAGUCCCAGAAUGCUUUGGGAGCAGCCUGCCGUGUCACAGGCUGGAGCAGACCUAUUCUCUGGGCCCCCUCCAUCUGAACACAGAGGUGGUCCUCAGGACCAGCUCCUCCCUGAAGAACAACAGGAGCCUGUACACAGACGACAACGGCUACCAGAUGAUGGAGAGGCCGUACAGGAAGUUCACCAAUAACACUUUAGCAAGAAACUACUUCCCCAUGGUUCGGGCUGCUUACAUCCAGGAUGACGUCAGCAGACUGCUGCUGGUCAGCGACAGAGCUCACGGUGUGUCCAGCCAAGCCAACGGACAGCUAGAGGUGAUGCUCCAUCGCAGUCUGUGGAACAACCUGCCCUGGAACCUCGGCUACAACCUGACGCUCAACGACAGCUCGGUGGUCCGGCCCGCCCUGUGGAUGUCGCUGGGCUCCAUCAGCUCCACCUCUAAACUCCACCAGAGGGAGGCGAUAGAGCUGCAGCACCGACCUGUUGUCAUGCCCAUAGACCAACCACAGAAGCCGUGGCAGGAGAAGGAGCCCAGAGGACGUUCUCCGGUGCGUUCGGUGGUCCUGCCACCCAACCUCCACCUGCUCAGCUUCAGUAUCUCUGGAUGGAACUACAGCUCUGAUCAUGAUGUUCACCUCGGCCACGUCCACUCAGGUAAGGACCUGCACUCGGAGCCGGACUACGACCGGGUCCUGCUGAGGAUCAUGCAUCUCUUCGAGGAGGGAGAAGACGCAGAGCUUUCUAAGCCAGUCACCAUAAACUUGAAGGAAGUUCUGCAGGGCAUUGGGGAAGUAAAAGUGCUGCAGGAGCGUUCUCUCACAGGAACCUGGAAUAUCAGCAGUCUGCAGAGGUGGAAGUGGAGGACGGCAGAUAACUCAGAAACAAACGACAGACAGGGUUGGAGUUCUGGAGACGAAGCUUUCACUGUGACCGUCUCCCCCAAAGAGAUCAGGACCUUCUUCGUCCACUUUUAGGCUGAAGUGUCUUCUGUGAAGACGGACGAUCAUUAGACACAACAUGACAAUGAGUUGUUUUUUAAAGAUAUCAUCCUUUGCCACACUGUUAAUUAAAGCUUCUUCUUACACAUUGUUGAGAAGUGUUCUGAUGUGUUGAUUUCUCUGAAUAAAGUGAUUAUUUUUGUC